CGUGAGGCUUCCUAGGACCCAGGAGAAGCCCGUUCCUCCGGCUCUGCAUUGCCAUUAGUGCGGACCGGCGUGCGGCUUCCUCCUCCUAGCGUAGCCUCAGCUCGGGCGGGCAGCGGGCAGGCGGGCAGGCGGGCAGGCGGGCACCCGGGCUAGAAGCCGCUUCCAGCCUAGACCAAGGGUAGCCGUGGGUGGGAAAACCGCGAGCCCGAGUGGGUAGGCAGGGGGGAGGGAGGGGGCGCGUUUGUUCGCGGGCCGUGCCCUUUGCACUGAUGCUCGCCCGGAAAUCAGCGGGACUUGAAUUUCAUUAUUCCCUCUCUUAACGGGAUCCGUUCAUUUAUUUGUUUCUCUGAAGGGGGGGCGAGGUCGUGCGGGUAUUGCCAGGGCGGCAGGUCUCCGGGCUUGCCCGAGCGGUUGCCCCGCCCCCGCUCCACCACGGUUCACGAGCCCCCCGGGGAAGGGCUGGGAGUGAAGCUUGGGUGGGUCAGGCCGCGGCCCGCAGGCAUCCGGGGGUGGUCUGAGGCCGCGGGGCGCUUGCCACGCCGGGCAGCCGCAAGCCACAGGGCACGGGGAUUGGGAGGCAGAGCGGGCGUCCCCGGGCCGCGGCGGGGUGGGCGGGGGUGCGUGACGCGCUCGCGCGCGGACACAUUGGAUGCGUCUCUCCCAGGACUCCCUCCCCUCCAAAGAGUGGCGAAUAAGGAAAGCGAGGUGAUGAGCCAGCAGCUGUAGCUUGCAACACCCCGUGGGGCAUUGUGUGUGUUUGUGUGCCUGAGUGGGCAGGGGGCGGAAAGGGCAGUGGGCCGGGGGCCAGCCUCGGAAGUUUGUAGCCUUGCUCGGAGCCGCGUCGCCCCUCCGGAGGCUGUUACAAGCGGCUCCCCAGCCAGCGGGAGUUAGAAGGCUUUGGGAAGCGUGGUGUAUGCGUGUGGAAGCGUCGGGGAGACCGGGAUGGAGGCGACAAUGGGCACCACCAGGCACAGCUGGCACUUGUAGAGCAGGGCCGCAUCCCUGAGCCGGGCGGGCUCGCUCAUUGGGCUGCAGCACCGUUUACACCUCCUCAAAGCCAUCACCCAGGAGAGAGGCGUAGGUAGGAUGCUGGACCUAGCUGCCCCAGAGCCUUAAGGUGCAUUCAGACAGAGUGCUGAAUCCCAUUUCUUUUGUGACUUAGUAGCUGAGGAGAUUUGGGUGGCAGAUUUUUGGUGAGAGGCUUAGGGGCUUUCCUACCAUUUCAAUGGCCAACACUCGGAGUAUUGAGCUGGAACAUUUUGAGGAGAGGGACAAAAGGCAGCGGCCAGGCUCCAGGAGAGGGGGGCCCAGUUCCUCAGGGGGCAGCAGCAGCUCAGGCCCCAAGGGGAAUGGGCUCAUCCCUAGCCCCGCACACAGUGCCCACUGCAGUUUCUACCGCACCCGGACCCUGCAGGCCCUCAGCUCCGAAAAGAAAGCCAAGAAGGCCCGCUUCUACCGGAAUGGGGACAGGUACUUCAAGGGCUUGGUCUAUGCCAUCUCCAGCGAUCGCUUUAGGUCCUUCGAUGCCCUCCUCAUGGAGCUCACCCGCUCCCUCUCAGACAAUGUGAACCUGCCUCAGGGAGUCCGAACCAUUUACACCAUUGAUGGCAGCCGGAAACUCACCAGCCUGGAGGAGCUGGUUGAAGGUGAAAGCUAUGUAUGUGCAUCUAAUGAGCCAUUUCGAAAAGUUGAUUACACCAAGAAUGUUAAUCCAAAUUGGUCAGUGAACAUCAAGGCUGGCUCGACUCGGCCAGUGACUCCAUUAGCUUCUACAAAGAGUGAAGUGAAGGAAAGCAAAGAUUUCAUCAAGCCCAAAUUGGUGACUGUGAUUCGAAGUGGAGUGAAGCCUCGAAAAGCUGUGAGGAUCCUGCUGAAUAAAAAGACAGCCCAUUCAUUUGAGCAAGUCUUAACAGACAUAACAGAAGCCAUUAAAUUAGAUUCGGGUGUUGUCAAGAGGCUCUGUACACUUGAUGGGAAGCAGGUUACUUGCUUACAAGAUUUUUUUGGUGAUGAUGAUGUUUUUAUCGCCUGCGGACCCGAAAAAUUCCGUUAUGCUCAAGAUGACUUUGUCUUGGAUCACAGUGAGUGCCGUGUCUUGAAGUCAUCAUAUUCUCGUUCCCAUGGUACAGCUAAGCAGUCUGGAUCCAAAAGUCCUGGGCCUUCACGUCGCAGCAAAUCACCUGCCUCAGUAAAGAGGGGUGGCCUCUACUCCACUGUUCAUUCUACAGCUAAAUCCCCAGUUAAUGGGACUCCCAGCAGCCAACUUUCUACUCCCAAAUCAACAAAAUCCUCCAGUUCUUCUCCAACCAGUCCAGGAAGCUUUAGAGGACUCAAGAUUCCACCACACUGUGGCUCUGCUUCCAAUGUGAACGGUGGACCCGAGUUGUACCGUUGCCUGAGUCCUGAAGGUGUAAAUGGAAACAGGUGUUUUGAAUCAUCAACUCUUCUUGACAAGUACAGAAUUGGGAAGGUCAUUGGUGAUGGCAAUUUUGCUGUGGUGAAGGAAUGCAUAGAGAGGUCUACUGGAAAGGAGUUUGCCCUAAAAAUUAUUGAUAAAACCAAGUGCUGUGGAAAGGAACACCUGAUUGAGAAUGAAGUGUCAAUACUGCGCAGAGUUAAACAUCCAAAUAUAAUCAUGUUGAUUGAGGAAAUGGAUACUGCUACUGAGCUUUUUCUGGUGAUGGAAUUAGUUAAGGGUGGUGAUCUCUUUGAUGCAAUUACUUCCUCAACCAAGUAUACAGAGAGAGAUGGGAGUGCGAUGGUGUACAAUCUGGCCAGUGCCUUGAAAUAUCUUCAUGGUCUCAAUAUCGUGCAUAGAGACAUCAAGCCCGAGAACCUUUUGGUGUGUGAAUAUCCAGAUGGAACCAAAUCUUUGAAACUGGGCGACUUUGGGCUGGCCACAGUGGUUGAAGGGCCUUUAUAUACUGUCUGCGGCACACCUACUUAUGUGGCUCCAGAGAUCAUUGCUGAGACUGGCUAUGGCCUGAAGGUGGACAUCUGGGCAGCGGGUGUGAUCACAUACAUCCUCCUCUGCGGAUUCCCGCCAUUCCGCAGUGAGAAUAACCUUCAAGAAGACCUCUUUGAUCAGAUCCUUGCUGGAAAGCUGGAGUUUCCUGCCCCCUACUGGGAUAACAUCACUGACUCAGCAAAGGAACUAAUCAGCCAAAUGCUGCAAGUCAACGUGGAAGCUCGAUGUACGGCCGGACAGAUCCUAAGUCAUCCCUGGGUGUCGGAUGACGCCUCCCAGGAGAAUAAUAUGCAAGCUGAGGUCACAGGUAAACUGAAGCAGCACUUUAACAAUGCCCUCCCCAAACAGAACAGCACAAACACCGGGGUCUCUGUCAUCAUGAACACGGCUCUAGAUAAAGAGGGUCAGAUUUUCUGCAGCAAGCACUGUCAAGAUGCCAGCCAAGCCAGGAGGGAGCAGACCUCUCCCCUUCCUUCUCCUGCCAAGGAGCCUCCCAAACCCGAGUCUGCAGAGCGCCAUCCCUUUGCUUCUCCGGAGACCCCUGCCUCCCCCAGCCCUCGUGCAGCAGCCGGCGGUGACCACGCCGGGGCCUGGCGGCGCCUCCGUGACUGACGGGGCCGGACGGCCUGCGGCACGGGGGACGUUGGGAAGUCCAGUCUCUCCUCCCCCCUUCCCUCUCCCUGCCGCGGCCUUUUUUGUGACCAGGGGGAAUCGCGGCCUGCUGUUGGGGAGUACUGUGGCUUGUGGGAAACUUGUGGAGCUCUGGCAUCUGCCUUGCACAUGCUGUGGGAUGGACUCGGACAAACGCAUUUUGAGCUUUUUUUAAAGAUCCGAUUUUCUGUUUAAUGGGCACUUCGACCCUUUCCCCUUAUCCCUUCCCAUCAGCAGAACUCAUGACUUUCUCAAGCACUAACUAAUUGCAUUUUUUAAAUAGAAAUCCUUUGGACAGACGAAGAUAUUUCCUUUCUUUGAACAUAAAGAACUCUGCUAGACAAACAUUUUUCUCUCACAGGAACAAAACCUUUUCAUUUGCUUCUUAGCUCAUUGGCACAGGCCGGUGUCUUGUCAGAGAUGCAUCAGUGUGGAAAAGGUAAGCACCAAGAGGGAGGAGAAAUGUGGUCACUGGACCCCAUCCUCCCAAAUCUGGACCUGGAGAAGAAGUGCCAGUAACGAAAAACACUGAUUACUUUUACUGCUCAUGAAAACACUGGGUAUUUAUUUAUUUGUUCGAGAUUAGUGGGAAAUGGCAUUUCUUUCCUAUACAUUCUGAAGCUUUUCUUUUGCUCUCCUCUUCAAAAGUCACAUUUCCCAGGCACUUUUAGAAAGAACAAAUCAAUAUUUGGUGGCUCGACUAUCUGGUGCCAGAGGAUCUGGAUCUGGGCUUGUUUGCCCUUCUACGGAAAGUAGACAGAGAAGAUGGAGUUCAGUUGCCUGAAGGGGCCAGAAACGUCCCCUUCCAUCCUCAUGCUUCUGCUUCUUGUGCCCAGCAGAUGCUGGCAAGGACCACUGAGAUGAGGGACCUUGAACGUUCGUUCUGAAGCCUGAUGCCCUCGGAGGAAGAGAGUGUGCCCUAGCUCGUGCGGGGAAAGGAGGCUUUUCCCUCCUAUCUCCUCCUUUGCUCAUUUCAGUAAUGUCCCUAAUCCACUGAUUUGGUUUUACGCGCUCAUCUUCCACAAGCAAGACCCAUGGGAUUCAUUCUGGCUUGAUAUUCUAGAGUUUGCAGUACUAACAGACGUGCAAUAAACUUUUUUUUUUUUUUUUUUUUUUUUUUUUUGAUGAGAAAACAAUUGUUAGUUGGAGGGAGGGAAGAGCCAAAGUCACUUCAUUGCUCUGAAGACUCUUGGACCCAUUACUUUAUUUCUGUCAAGGUCUGCUUUGAGCCAGUUUGAGCAGAAAGCAGCACCUCUUUGGGCUGGGUCCAGCCUGGAGGAGGAUAUGGGGAUGGCUCUAAUCUUUAGGGAUAACUAAUGGAAGGAAAGAAGGCAGUCUUAGCCCUGUAUCUGUGGGCCUUUCAAAGACAUCCCGGACAGAAAAAGGUAGAAUAUAAAUAGUAAUGGAGUGAGGAACACUCAUCCAAGUGUAUGACCCAGAUAGAUUUAGAGAAAAGUGUGUGUGGUUGAAAGAUUACAGUCUCAUUUAGAAGUGACUAAGUUUGGAGAGGGCUGGAUCAUACUGAAAACCCAAAUAUGACCCUAAAACACGAUCCAUAAGCUCUUGACUGAGUCAGCUGAAGAUAGGUUGUCACAUAUAUGGGGAACAAGUGGUCUUAGCUGGUACUUGCAUCACAAGUUUUGAUACCGGUUUGCUUUGGGCCAUUUAUCCCAUUGCUUUUUCCAUUUCUGCAAAAUGAAGAUAAAACUUAUUAUUUGCUUUGUGCUAAAGGCUAGUUAGUAAUCCGAUAGAGAGGCGCUUUGUAGGGAAAGGGGAGAAACUACCUAAAAUUAGCUUAGGGAAGCCAAACUAAUAAGCUUGUUUCUUAUUGGAAUGGGGGAUGCCCUAGACAUAUAGUAUCCUGUUCUGAGCUUGCCAUGUGACCAAAUUUUUCAUGCCAUCCUUCUGAUUGAUGGGACAAAGUAUGGCGUCAUCCUGGCAAAGCCCACGAGGCUCUGUCCCUGCACCUGACUGUUUGACCUUGUUACUAAUGAUUUAUUUGAAGACAUGCAAAAUCUGCUGAUUAAAUCUGUGGCUAAUAGGAAGCUGGGUUGGAUGGCAAAUGAGUGCUUUAUAAAGAGAGGCGGAAGGGUCUGUGCGGGCCAUCUGGUUCGACCCCUUCCUUUUGCAGAUGAAAAAACCAAGGGCCAUGGAGGUUAAGUCCAGGUCACAUGGAUAGAAGUAUCAGAGAUUGGAUUUGAAGAUGACAAUCAGGCUCCAAACUAAUCUUGAUAGACUGGAGUGAUGGAGCCAGGCCAAGGUAAAAUUUAAUAAGGGAGGGGGACGGUUCGUGUAUUACCUUACAUUUAGUUUUAUGAGAAAUGUAUAAAGAUAGAAUGAGGAGGAGUUAGGUUGGGUGAUAGUUGUUUGUUUGUGUCAAGAAUCAAGCAGUUGUAACAUGUGAUGUGGAAAAAAAAAGCCCCACGGCUAAUCUUCGGUUCCAUUAAUUAGUCCUGUGGAGUUUGGGUUCAGUCCUGGCGCCACCUCGGAACGGGAGCCUUCGGGGGACCAGCCACCGGAAGAACGGCCUGGGGAUGAUUAAUAAAGAGAAGUGCUGUGAAGGGGAAAACAUGGUUGCUUCAGCUUUUUGUAGGAAUUUCAUGUUGAAAAGAAUCACAUUUGCUGGGUUUGGUCCAGAGCGUGGAGGCGGGUAAGGCAGCAGCAACAAGGAGGCAGAUUUGGGCCUGAUACAAGGAAGAACUGUCCCAGCUCCUUAGAAUCGUACGGGAGAGGCCAUCUACCAACGGGGGUCCUAAGGAAGAGUCUGGAUGGGUGACCUUUUGUCCGAGAUGCUCCCCAGGGGAUUCCUGUGGGGGCAGGAGGUUGGACUGAAUGACCUUUUAAGUGUCCUCCAACCCUUGAGAUGUCAAGGCAUUCAGAGCACACAUCUGUUAAUCACCCUUUGGUUCGUUAUCUUGCAGAAAGAGUUCAGGAUUUGAACCUGCGGCCUCUGUUCUCUGCUUAAGCCGGUUCCGGCGUGGCUUCCAUAAUUGCUGCGUUAGCGUGUUAGGGGUGUCUGCCACGGCAAAGCUCUGCAGUCCUCUCUUAGCUCAUCCUCAGCCUUGGCACUAUCUUGAGGUUACCAGGAAAGAAAAACCUGACGGGUGAUAACUGGCUAACUGAGGGCCUUAAUUACUGGGGAAAUUCUCCUCGGAUGGAAAGCAAACUUAGGGGAAGCAACAGGGGCAAAGUAGUUUUCCCACACUGGGUCUGGUUGGUUUGUUUGAAGUUUAAUGAUCAGACAGCUGUCGAUACAGGGAAAGGAGGAAGGAAACGAAAAAGAAAUCGGAACCCAAGGCAGCCGAUUCUUCCUCAUCUGCGUGUGAGGGAGGACUGACUAUUCUGACAAUUUGUUUUCUUUCAAGGAAUAAAAACCCCACUGAAGAUCUGAUUUCUCAUAUUGUAGCCUCCAGCCCCAGCGAUUUGAUGGCAUUUGCAGAUGUAACCUCCUGAUUUGUGGGGGAAAUCCCUUCCCGCACCUUCUUCCUCCCAGACAGAAGAAACAGCCCAAAUUUGUUCUUUCAGACUUGGGACUGAGUGCUCUUUUGGGCUCUUCCCUCUAAUCUCAGUGGAGUUUGGGAGCUAAUCCAGGGUCCCUAAUAGUUCUGACCAGGAUUUUGGACACUUACAAAAGCUGUCACAUAAUCAGCUUCAAUCUUGCUGCAAGGAAAAUUCAAAGGCUGAUGUUUUUUCCUGUUCAAGGUACAUUUUCCCUUCUGGGGCAUUUCUAUUUGAUAUUCCCCAAACUAAUUUCUUCCUGUGCACCCGCCACCCACAAAGCACACACAACAUGGAAUGGAAUAAAUGCUAUAAAAUGAGGAUCUUUGUAAUCAAGUGCUAAACCAUGGGGAUGCUGUUGCUACUACUUGGAGAAGCGGCGCUGUAUAGAUCUAAUGGGUAUGGUUUUUAAUGUGUUUAAAUAGGUUAGUAUAAGGAUGUGCACAUGUCCAUCUUUUGGUGUGUUUGAUGUCUGUAAGCAUAGGUGGGUCUGCUAUGAUUCUCAAUGAUGUCCUUAAACUGCUCAUAGAAUGGGGCCGUUCUGUCUGGAUCCAGGACCCCUUGGGCAGUAUGGUGAAAGCUGUGGGCCCCUUUUUAAAAUGAUGUUUCUAAGUGCAUAAAAUAAAAUAUGUAGGAUUACAAAGGAAAAAAAUUUACAUUGGAAUAGAAUUUUUUUCUCACCAAAGUUCAUGGACCAUUUCUAAAAUCAAUCCAUGGCCUCCAGGUUAAGAAGUCCUAAUGUUGCUACUACCCCACCCCACUGAGAAUGCUAAUUAUAGAUGGGAGCAAAGGAGUAUGGUCAUUUAAAGGGAUAAAGGGCUGUCCAACCAAACUUAUCUUUGCUGAAUAGCAAAAAGUAUCUAGUGAAUAAUCUCUACUCUGAUUUCAUAUCCCUCUGGUUAGAAACUACUUUGAUUUCCCAAUUAAAUGACUGUUCACUGAAGCAGAUUGUGGUGAUUCACCCUAUCUUCUAUUUGUAUUCACUAGUAUUCUUUUUUUAUUAGAAAAUCCAAAGUUGAAAGUUUUCUGGGAGGGCCACAGAACGGGAGACAGAGUUCUAAUUCAGCUUAUUACUCCAUGUGGGCUUAUUUUAAACAUUACUCAUGUGAAUGGGUGUAAUCUGGGGUCAUAAUGCACAUGGUGUGUGAUUACGUGGGCACCGAGCUUCCAAGAUGGAAAUAUCAUCUCUCACUUAUUUACAGUGUCCUAAAGUUGAGUUGCAUCUUAUAUACAAGCUGGCAUAACUAGUAUUUUUAAUAAAUAAUCCCUAAGUUAGCAUUCCUGUUGUCCUCAAUGGGGAGCAAAAUUUCUUUUUCCUGCAUGGACCAUCAUGGAAUUAUAUUCAUACCAAUCUUUGUGUAAGUGUCUGCCAAGUUUCCUUCGAUACUUACUUUUUAAAAUUUCAUGGGUUCUCCCUGAAGAACUGGCUGUUCUUAAAAUAGCAGAACUUCAGGAUAGUAACACUUAAAUGAAGAUUAACAUGAUGAUUAAAAAGAAAAAAAUCUUACAUUUCUCGAUGCCAUCCAUUCCUUACCAUCAAGCCCUUGGAUUGCUGCCCCUGUUGACUCGGUCCUUCAGGCACCUGCCUCUUUCAUCUUUAAUCAUAGUAGCACCUUUACCCAGUUUUUAAAAUGUGUAAAUUCUUGCUUACGUUGAAUGGGUGAAUGAAUGAAUUUUUGACAUAAAGAAUGGGCUCAAGUUGGAUGAAAGAAGCAAAUGGCAAAUUCUUCUAACCCAGGGUUAGGGAACCUUUUUUUCUGUCCAGGGCCAUUUGGAUGUUGAUAAUGUCAUUCGCAGGCCAAACAAAAUCCAACUUAAAAACUCAAGCAGUGGCAGGUGGUCGUACCUAGCUUUCAGCUCAUCGUCGCCUGUGGUUGCCACAUGAUUUUCCGCCCCUCUUAUGGCCCACGGGCUAGAUGUUUCCCACUCCUUUCUAAAACAUGGUUCUAAAUAGAAGUAGGUUUGCAGUGAUAUUAGUCAUGCUAUUUCUUUGAAGCGCAAUUUUACUUGUGUAAUAGCUUUCAUAACUGUGGACUCAGAUGUGAAAAAAGAAUAAAGAAACCAAGAUGGCCUUGAUUAUAUUAAGGCUACUCUGUUUUACUAACUAUACCUUAAGGUACUUUAUAUGUGCAUAAAAAAAAAAAAGGUAUUUGGCAUGUAGUUACCUAGCAUAUCAAGCUCUUUUUGCUUCUACUGGCUUUUUAAAUAUAACCAUGAUAUGGCGAGCGGAAAUAAUUUUCUAGUUAGUGGGAAUUAGGUUGCUUGAGUUAAUUCUGUAAAGGAAUUUUAUAAAGAUAUAAAUAGUUUUGGAAAACAAGGAUGCAAAUGUCUUAUUUGGAAAUGAGCUUCUUAAGAUUAGUCAUUCGAAAAUAAAAUCAGGCAUUAUAGGAUUCAUUUAGGGAAAUCUGUAUCCUAGAGAUAUUUGUUCCUACUUAAGAAAAUGUCAGAGUUUGGCUGUAGAGUUCCCUUAGUUCAAUUGAACAAAUAUUUACGAAGCACCUACUAUGUGCAGAGCCCUUUUAAAAGGCAAUUACUUAAAGGUUUUCAAAGUGGCCACAGAGGUGGUGGAGGAGAAAAGACAUCCUUUCCAAUAUUUCAAUUACAAAUUCUAUUUUAUUCAAUUCUUCACUCAAAUUGUUUUCUCAUUCCAAAUCUUUGCUUUAGAGAAUAAUUGAUGUUUAGAAAAAAUGAGCCCUACUUCAGUAGGCAACAAGAGAAAUAGAUAUGGAAUGUCAGUUUCCACUCAAAGAUCACCACAUACAAAGAAGUUAUUUAUGCAAUACAGACUUACAAAACGAUACAGUCCUUUUCACAAAUAUGUUCACAGAAUUCUGCACAGCAAUCUGGUAGAAAAGUAGAAUCAAUUAUGCAACACUAAAAUAACUUAUUAUUCCUUAGUAUAAAUCACGGUUCAUUUCCUAAGGGGAUGUAGAGAAAAUUUAAUGACAUAGUUGAACUGGAUGCAAAUAGGAAGUAAAAAGUGUGUUGCCAAGUGCAGCACGGGAACGGAUCACUCUGUGCUCUACAAGUAGGGAGAGGCUUCUGUUCUAAAAGGUGGGAAGGAGGGGAUAGAAAAGCAGCUUGCAAACCUGGAGCUUCUGCACAGGGAGGAGGAAGAGGCUUGACCCUGGUCGGCCUCGGUGCUUUCACAGUCAAAAACAGCAGAAGUGUGCUUUGGUACCUGCGCUGAAUUCCAAAGUAGAAGAGAUUGCUUGGACAUGCCCGUCCUCCCGGGUUGGUGUGCUCUAAGAAAUUUUGGGUAAAAAUGAGGAGGCUGCCAGGCCUGCUACACAUCCCACAAUGACCUCAAGUCAGAGUUCAACUUCUUGCUCUCGACCACGUGGCAGAACAACAGCUUUUAAAAGCCACCCCCCGAAACCCAAUUGUCUAGGCCUAGAAACAUGCUUGAGUAUCAAUGGAAAUGAUUCAUUGUCAAAUUUUAAAUUACAAUUACCAUAAUUUAAACAUCACUAUUUAAAUUCCAGAGACUUCAGUGCUUGAGAGAAACAAUCAUUUGGAUAAUAACAAGACACAAAGUCUCUAGCACAGGUAGCACAGAUUAAAAUCCCCAUACCCCAGCAUUAUAAUCCAUUUCCCCACUGUUAAAAUCAUAUUUUUCAAGAUUACUGAUAAAGCUUUAAAAGGGGAAAUGCGUUUCUUCAUAAUAAAGUCUAUAAUAGUGACUUAACUCACUUUAUUGUUUUCUUUCUAUAAUGGGUGAAAAUAGACUUCUAAUUAUGACUAAAAAUAUAGAUUUCUGUAACUAGAGAACCCAGCAGCCAGUUUUCUGCUUCUCUGCCCUUCCCCCCCAAAAGUCAAGCAAAGUCUACAAAAAUAGCAA